ACCCCGGUGAGGCCGCCAUUUUGGAGUCUUCCCUAAGGAGCUUCCACUGGCUUUUCGCGCCGCUGCCGCCGCUGCCGCCGCUGCCCGCGGCCUUGCCGGGCAGGAUGAAUGUGAUAGACCACGUGCGGGACAUGGCGGCCGCGGGGCUGCACUCCAACGUGCGGCUCCUCAGCAGCUUGUUACUUACAAUGAGUAAUAACAACCCUGAGUUAUUCUCCCCAUCUCAGAAGUACCAGCUUUUGGUGUAUCAUGCAGAUUCUCUCUUUCAUGAUAAGGAAUAUCGGAAUGCUGUGAGUAAGUAUACCAUGGCGUUACAGCAGAAGAAAGCCCUAAGUAAAACUUCAAAAGUGAGACCUUCAACUGGUAAUUCUGCAUCUACUCCACAAAGUCAGUGUCUUCCAUCUGAAAUUGAAGUGAAAUACAAAAUGGCUGAAUGUUAUACAAUGCUAAAACAAGAUAAAGAUGCCAUUGCUAUACUUGAUGGGAUCCCUUCAAGACAAAGGACUCCCAAAAUAAACAUGAUGCUGGCGAACCUGUACAAGAAGGCUGGUCAGGAGCGCCCUUCAGUCACCAGCUAUAAGGAAGUGCUGAGGCAGUGCCCUUUAGCCCUUGAUGCCAUACUAGGUUUGCUUUCCCUUUCUGUAAAAGGCGCAGAGGUGGCAUCGAUGACAAUGAAUGUGAUCCAGACUGUGCCUAACUUGGAUUGGCUCUCUGUGUGGAUCAAAGCAUAUGCUUUUGUGCAUACUGGUGACAACUCGAGAGCAAUCAAUACCAUCUGUUCACUAGAGAAAAAGUCCUUAUUGCGAGAUAACGUGGACCUGCUGGGAAGCUUAGCAGAUCUGUACUUCAGAGCUGGAGACAAUAAAAACUCUGUCCUCAAGUUUGAACAGGCACAGAUGUUGGAUCCUUAUUUGAUAAAAGGAAUGGAUGUAUAUGGCUACCUCCUGGCAAGAGAAGGGCGGCUAGAAGAUGUGGAGAACCUUGGCUGCCGCCUUUUCAAUAUUUCUGAUCAGCAUGCAGAACCCUGGGUGGUCUCUGGGUGUCAUAGCUUUUAUAGCAAACGCUAUUCUCGGGCCCUCUAUUUAGGAGCCAAGGCCAUUCAGCUGAAUAGUAAUAGUGUUCAAGCUUUGCUACUUAAGGGAGCAGCACUUAGAAACAUGGGCAGAGUCCAAGAAGCAAUAAUCCACUUUCGGGAGGCUAUACGGCUUGCACCUUGUCGCUUAGAUUGUUAUGAAGGUCUCAUUGAAUGCUACUUGGCUUCCAACAGUAUUCGUGAAGCAAUGGUAAUGGCUAACAACGUUUACAAAACUCUAGGAGCAAAUGCACAGACCCUUACCCUUUUAGCCACUGUUUGUCUUGAAGACCCAGUGACACAGGAGAAAGCCAAAACUUUAUUAGAUAAAGCCCUGACCCAAAGGCCGGAUUACAUUAAGGCUGUGGUGAAAAAAGCAGAACUACUUAGCAGAGAACAGAAAUACGAAGAUGGAAUUGCUUUGCUGAGGAACGCACUAGCUAAUCAGAGUGACUGUGUCCUGCAUCGGAUCCUAGGAGAUUUCCUUGUAGCUGUCAAUGAGUAUCAGGAGGCAAUGGACCAAUAUAGUAUAGCACUAAGUUUGGACCCCAAUGACCAGAAGUCUCUAGAGGGGAUGCAGAAGAUGGAGAAGGAGGAGAGUCCCACGGAUGCCACUCAGGAGGAGGAUGUGGACGACAUGGAAGGGAGUGGGGAAGAAGGGGACCUGGAGGGCAGCGACAGUGAGGCGGCCCAGUGGGCUGACCAGGAGCAGUGGUUCGGCAUGCAGUGAGGCAGGCGGCAGCUCUGUGGCCACACUGGCCUGCCCUGCUCUGAGCACUUCUGUGGACUGAAGGAGCCCGGAGGAGCCCGCUCUCUGGGAGGACAAUGAUUCCGCAUGUAAUUGCAGCAGGGGUCUCUACCCCUUGCUCCCUAUUUCUAGUAGUGAAUUCAUUUUUAAAAACUGAGCCUGACCGACCUUACAUAUAUCUCUGUCCUCCCCUGCUCCAGUCAGGGAGGAUCGAGUGAGCUCUCUGGGGGGCCUGCAGACGUGCCAGGGCUUCUGGGACAGAGUGCUUUUUAUAUAACUAAUUUCUAAAUCUGAAAGCUUGAGGAAUAGACAGUUCUGUCUCUGACAUUGUGGGUGAGUUUAAAGGAGUGACCUAUCACCCAGAGCAAGAGUGUCCUCUGCCAUGUCAGACAGCAGCAUGGGCUGGCCCUUUCAGAGAGGGUUUCCUGUUCCGGAAAUCAUCCUGAGCUGUCCAGACUUCCCUAGUAACCUUGCUUCCUUCUGCAAUGUUAGUAAUGCCUUAAGCUGACAGUUGCUAUUUUGCAGAACAAUUUUCUUAUUUGCUAAUCUGGUAACUUGCCUAUGAGCCUGGGCCGGAUCUGAGAAACGGGUGUGACCUAGAGCAUGAACAAAGGCACACUUGGGGUAAUUAACUAAUAAAACUGUUUUUUGUACAGUAAUGGUGUUGGGUUGAUCAGAAUGGAAGCCCUUUAUAGAUUCUUAUUGGCGGGGGGGGGGGGGGGGUGUGUCUCUGAGUCACAAUGCAUUGAUUCAGCCCCAGAAUUAUUUGCCAUAAAUACACUCCCUUUCUUCCCAGAGUGUUGGGAGCCAGGAAGAUUGGGAACUUUGGAUAACACUGAGCUGGUUCAUCUAUUUGCAUUUUUGAUUGGUUAAAUUCCCCUGGGGGAGAGACUUUGGCCUGAUUGUAGCUGGUUCUGCUCACUUCUGUCGAGGGCACUAAACAAAUCGGCGUCUGGUUACAGCAUUCUGUCACGGGGUCAGCAGGGGGUGCAUUCCCUGGGCUUGGUGCUGGGAGCUUUCACCUACCCUCUUGUUUCUUAAGAUGCCAUGCUUUUCACUGUAUCCUUAACUUGGAGGUGAAGGUGGGGAGAAUGGCACAGUUAACCCCAAAUACUCACUAAAACAAGAUUAGUCAAAGGUGAUACAAAAUGUGAUUUUGAUACAAAUGGUAAGUUCUGUCCAAAGUGUAAAAACAGUGGAAGUGUGCAGUAGUUUAGGAGCUCAGAACAUGAUAACUACAACUUCAAGUGGGCAAAAAUGUUAUUGUUCGAGUAUCUUUCAGUAUGAGACGCAAAGCCUGGGCAGCCACCAUUUGAUCAGACAGUGUUUAAAGAGCCCAGCUAGCAGUUGGGGUUGUUCCAGGGGAGCAUGCUGCCGGGAGAAGACACUGCUCAUUGGCCUCGGUGCUUGCUCUGGAUGUAGCUUCAUGGCCUUCGGCUUCCUCUUAGCAGCUGUUACAAGUCAGUGCGUUGGGAAAAAAGGUGAAACCUCUUUGCCAUUUCCCUGGCUUGGGGAAGAAGCCCAGCCACACCCAGCCUACAUGUUGCCGCGUGCCAGGCUUGUCGCUGUUAACCCUGAGAUUCCCAUGGGGUCAGGAUGUGCCUUGGAGCCCACGCCCUGUGUAUUACCUUCUGUCAGCACCAGCAUGUUCCUCCCCUUUCCUGGGCUGGCCCUCAGCUCUGCUGCUAGCCCCUGGAUCAUCCCAGGCCCCUCCAUCCCAGCAACACGCUGGGCUGGAUCCCUCUGACCCCUCCCACCUGCAGCUCCAGCAUUUCUAUCCUGACCAUGUUAGGGUGAAAACUGGGUUGGAAGAGGCAACUGAAGCUACAUUUUUUAGUGCACCUGAUGUAGGAUUGAAGACCUUCUUGGUCCACAUCAAAGAAUGGGAGGAGUGUGACUUAAAGGGUGCUGAAGAUCUCACCUGGCAUUGCUCCUGUCACUUGGUCUCAUAAAAAAACGUCAUAAGGGCAGGGAGCCCCAGGAAGCAGGAACAGAAUCAGGCUGCCCAGCUCUCUGGCUGUCUCGUUGAGCCACCUUCCAGGAGACGAAGCAUCUUGACCAGGGAUGGGCUCUCAAAUGCCUAUAGUCAACCACAGGUACCCUCUGGUGUCUGGAGUUUCACACACCAAUAAGGAAGAGGAUGUUUUAACUAAUCCUAUCCUUUCCCUCCAACUGCUUCCAGCUUGUUCAUAGCACCAGUUUGGAAUUAGGCUAGGUUCUUUAAAAGUCCCUCCUCUCCCACUGUCAGAGCUGCAGGUCAGGGGCCAUUUAGUUCGCUUCCGUGGCCUGAGCUCCCAUAGCUUCAGGAUUGAGGAUGGAAUCAGCCCACAAGGAGUUCAGUAUGGUGCCCAUUGUGUAUCCCAUUACCAUUACCAGGGUAAAUGCCAGACUGCCAGUCUUUCCCUUAGGAAUUGAGAAUUGGUGGUAUCACUGAAGCCUUCUUGUCUUUUUUCUCCUGGAGGUCCCUCAGCUAAGCAAGGAGGCAGGGUCCUAAGGAAGGGUGCUUCCUGCCCCCUGUCUUGGGCAUUCACACUCUGAACCCUUGCUGUAUGCCAGGGACCUGGCAGACAUGGCCCGUACAGGGUUGAUGUCAGGAGCGCUCCUUCCCAGCCUUAGUUUGGGAGCCAUGCUCCUGCCUAUGAGUUCUUCCUCAGAGAAUGAGACCAGCUUUUGCCAAAAUCUGUAAUUCUCAAAUAGAUGAUGCAGAUUACCAGGCACAGCAGCAAACCUGAAUCCAAAUCCAGGGCUCAGGCCCAGGAAUCUGCAUCUUCAAUCACUCCCGCCUUGAUUUCUUACUCAGAUGCAGGCAUUUUGUGGUCCAAAUAUUGAGAAACCUGGGGGAGGGGACUUGAGGGUCCCAGAAGCUGUAGGCUUCACCUCAGAAGGCCUGUGGGGGCCUCACUGUACAGCUGUCUGACCAGGUCUUUGGAGGCCAUGGCCAGACCUGAGGCCACAGGCUCUGCCUGCUGCAUGGUAACUGUAUUCUCCGUUGGCUACAGGCAGUGAGGCCUGACUCGACACGCACCUCACCGUGGCCUCCGGGAGCAUGGCCUUGGCCAGGCCAGCCAGGAAUCCCUGGCACUGGGAGGGCCCAUUGAGGCAUCGUCCCAACGGUUGCUGGAUUGCAGAGACUGUCGACAGUGAUGAGUGGUGGGCACUAGCGUAUGGUGAGUGGGGUUCUGGUUGUGUCAAUACUUCUGGUACAUUUUUCAGUGAGUUAUUAAAUGGGAAUCAUGGAGACUGCUUUUUUCUUUACGUCAGGAAUGGAUGUUAGUUUAUCAGAUUUUUAUCAAAUAUUUCUUCCAUCUCUGUAGUUGCUAGGACUUGUGUUUUUUGUCAUUAGGUUUAUAAAAUCAUCUAUCCUUGCCUCACUGCUUUUUUUUUUUAAUGAUAAAAGAAUCAUCUUCAGUAAUUUGGAAAAGAGAGAAAUGCCCCACACCAAACCCAUGCCUGAUAGAUAAGCACUAAAUAACCAUCAAAUGGAGGAAUUCUGCUCUCUGCGGCAGCCACUCCAGUUCACUUUUAUCUACUCACAGUAGGAGUGCAGAAUUUUACAUUUUCCAUCUGAACAGUAUGAGAAGCAUCUCUCCAUCGGUACAACCUCCAAGCUGCUGACAACUUUUAAAAUCUGAUUAUCUCUGAAAACCCAGUGACAAGCCACUCAGCUCUCCCCACACUUGAGUCAUGUGACACACGAGCAGACCUUGUCCCCAGAAAGUCAAGUCUAAGACCUUCCCCCCACCGGAAGGUAAAAACUCUUCGGGGUGCGGGGCUGGAGGCGCUCAGUGCCCACCGCCCACCCCUCCCGCUGGAGAACAGUCAGCACCACACUGUGAACUUAUCGUAGAAUAGAUUUAUUUACCUGAAACCAUGUCUGUGCAAUGCUUGUUGUUACCAGCACAGAAAUAGACAACUGUUCUCUAUUUACAGUCUAAAGUCAAACAUGCGUUGUGAUAAAUGAAGUUUAGCAUUUUAUUAAGAUAAAUGCAUCACAAUAUUCGUAUUGCACCAACAUGUCUACUGCUUCUGAUUUCAUUAAAUAAGUUACAUUUAAUACAGUGCAAAAUAGCUGUUUGCACACUCAAAAAAAUAACAAGUUAUGAACUGGAGGCCUACAUUCUAACCUUUCAACACCUGUAGUGUUUUCAAUAAAUUUAUAAAUAAGCAAACUGUACAGGGCCAAUUAAAAAGUAGCAUGUUUAAAUGACACCAUAGAGCAGUCUGGCUACUUACAACUGAAGGCAUGCAUUACAAUUGAAUAUGGUACAUUUAUAUAGGCUAUGACAUUUUGCACAGAGAAACAUGGGAGACUUGGCUGAUGGCUUCUAAGUUCUUAGAUAAGGUUUCAGAACCUCAUUCUUCUUGCAGCAAAGAAACCAAAGUUCUCUGGAGAGGCGUUCUGAUUCAUUAAGCUAAAUUGUACAUUUGUAAUUAUUAUUUUGAUUUAAAAGCUAAACCCCGUUGGUAAUACACGUUUCCUCCACAUAACACACAAUGAGUUGGGGACUUUUUUUUCUACUUUUCUUUUCCCCCCAACGUCAAUCAUGCAGAGGGCUGGUAGAUGUGUUGCUAAAAACGCACAUGCACGCAACCGAACACCCUUAUAUUUCUGCAAAAUGGUUUAGGAAGCGGUUACUCCAGUAUUGCUGAAAAGGAAAGAGAGAGGAAAUCAGCUUUAUGAAAUAUGGGAAGAAAUGUUAGAAUAACUAUUUAAGAUUAAUAGUGACAAGGAAUAGUGAGAAGGAACAUUCAGUUUGACCUUUUAAGAUUUCAGGACCAGCAUUUCUAGUUAACUGUCCCUGAGGCGCUGCCUACACAGGGUAGCAGCUAGAAGCACUCGCUUGGCGACAUGGGCCCUUCCUGUCACCCUGGCUCACAGAAGAACCCCACCAGGCAGACAUGGAAUCGCUUCAGAUGUAACAGAAGGGAGAUGGGCAAGAGGAGGGAAGUUCCCGGUUAGCAGUGCAGAUGGUAAGGAAGGUGAAGCAGAGGUGAGCAGUGUGGCCCAGUGCGAAGCCUCAGCUCCUCCCUUUCCCUUCCCUUCCCUUCCCUCCCAGGGGGCCUAGCCCUGCCUGGUCCUAGAAGGGGAGCUGCGGCCCUCACCCACCUCUUUGAAGCAGGCAGGCUGGGGAUUACCGUCGCUGUUAGCUGCACGGUGGUGGCUUUGGCAAAAUUGGUGGUGACCUUAAAAGGGCUGCCUUAGCCCACCGGCACUGCAGACCGCUCCGGCGGUGGGUAGGUGCUUCACGGACACUGAGCUAGUGCUUGGGGUCUCCUAUUCCCGAGGUCUACCACCUCCAGGACAUUCAGGGGGCCGGGGCCCGGUCUGAGGGUGGCGUGCCAGCAGCUGCUUGUUGAGGGGGGGAGGGUGCGGGGGCUCACGCAGCUCGCUCUGCACCAUGUGCCACGUGUGCUGUGAUGAAGAAUGAGCCGCUGGAGAGGGAUCCCAGCUGCGGGACGUGUGAGGCCGCCAUCUUCCAGGCAAAGCCCCAUCAAAGCAGCUGUGCAAGGCCUACCUGCCCGUCGGUGAGGACACGAACAAGUUUUGGUGAGUCUGAACACGACACCACCCUGUCUAGUCCUGACGGCGGCAAAAGCAGAGGCCGCCUGUGCCUUCCUGCAGGUGCUGGGUGAGGCUAGGUCUGGGACAGGAGGCCUGAGGCCUGAGGCCAGGGAUGUGCCCACAGCAGUAAGGGGCUGAGGACAGGGGCUCACGGGGGCCUGUUUCUCAGCAGCAGAGCCUGGAGCAGAGCCGACGAGGAGAUGCUCCCAGGGGCCCGGGCUGAGGGAAGGGGAUGCCUAAACCACCUCCAUGGGCCGGACAGGCCCGAAGCGGAGAAACCACAAGACAAGAGCCGGCCCAGGCCCAGCUGGGGCUGUGCACGUCUCCGACAGCAGCAAACCACACUCAGCUUCUUUUGUAAAGGCCACCACAUCAAGGAACCAGAUCAGGAAAAGCUGACUGGUAAGUCUGGUUUCCACUGAAUAGCACACCCAACAAGCUCAGACAUCCUGUCUUGGUUUGCAGCCAAGGUGCACUCCUUGCAUUCGACCACUCAGCCCGCUUCUUUUUACGCCAAAAUCGGCAAAAACCUACCCUCCUCCCCCCUAUAUUCUCUGCCAAACAAACCAACCUCCCUUCCUCAGAGACCUCGAUGAGUCAGGCCGGGACUUCCAUCCCCUUAUACUCAGACCUGCUUAAUAUCCAUUAACUUUUCCCCAAGCACUGAGCCUUUAUAGCACAUCUUGGGGGCGGCCCCAGUCCCUUCACAAGAAAGGUCAGGGCCUCACAGGGAAGGAGCUGCUGCCUAGGCCUCCCUCACCCUGGCUCAUGACUGGUCGGCUGGUUGCUAGCAGAACCAGGCCCUACUAACUGCGCUUUCUCAUACCCUGGAGAAAGAGAAGACAAGUCUCAGCUGCAAAGAAUAUGACCCAGAAGGUGGAAAAAGGUGGCCACCUAUUUUGAGACAAACCUAUGGAUAUAUGAAUUCACUGCUCAAUUAUUUGCUUUCACCAGGUUUUUACUUGUUAACAAACACGGUAGCAAGGCUCAGGGAGGAGUCCUUGCAGCUAGUAACCACCAGAGAACCCUGAGUUUUUGAGACUCCUCACCUUGGCAGUUUAACAAAGGCAGCAUUCCCUCAGCCUGUCAGUUGGACCAGAGCAAAACGAGCUUCUCUCCCACCACGCCCUCCUCAACAUCCGGCUGAGCCACUGUCCAAGGCCGUGCAUGGAGUCUGCGGGCAUCUAACCCACCCCACGUGUGCACAGGUACCACGCAUCGUACGCUUGCUGCCCUCGAAGACACAGAGCACAGCAGGACAUGACCCAGGGGAUGUUUUCGUUAGUGUCCCAGCUAGCUCGCUCGGUGGCAGUGCACCCUUAGGCUAAAGCAUCAGGAUUCCAGGGAAUACUCACGUUAGUUGAUGGAUGUUGGAAGGCAUUGGAGGAAAACACCAUAGUUAGGACAGUUAAUGACUUACACACGGUUGGUAAGACUGAUCUCGAACAUGCGCAAACAUCUAUCAUAGUAACCAUGGUGUUGGUUAGUGCCACAUUCAAAUAAAAAUAGUUCUGUACAUAUGUUCAUUUGGUCAUGUGCUAUUUACAGAUUUUUACAAAAACACAUACACACACACAUACCCCCACACAAACACGCACACACUCCCCCUUAUAUUCUCUACACCAGGCUAAAACAGGCCAGCAGAAACUUGCAAAAAAGUAUCAUGGGUGACAGCAGGUGCCUAUGUAUUAAUUCCUACAACUACCUCUGCAGCAGAACACAAUCCUCCUUCCCCUCGAGCACAGUAAAACUCAAGUUCUAAGAACUUAAGAGAAAAUUGGACACAUCUGUUUGAUAGUUUAAGCUAAGCCACUUAAAAGUUAAAAACAAGACAGUUAUUUUUCUGUCCAUUUAAAAUGUUUUAUUUUCCUUUUUAAACUAGAUUGUAAAGUGCCACUGAAAUAGGCAAUGUUGGCAAAACAAUGUCUGUUAACAAUAAAAUACAUUAGACAUUUAAAUAAAUAACCUUAAAAACUACGUGGGGGACAUGAACCCAGUCGAUUGAAUCUGGAACAAUGUUUUCUGCACAAGCGAGAACAGGCAUACCUCUUGUUAAGACUGAUGUAAACAGAACCAUCGGAACCCUACGGGAGAAGCAGCCGAGCGGGGCCGGGAGCGGGGGUGGGAGUGAACGGGGGCCGGGGGGUGAGGGGAGUGGCAAACCAAAAAAUACUGACUGAGGUAGCAGUACUCUGCUCAGUGCAGAAAAAUUGGCUUAUGAAUAAAAAUUAGACUGUGAUCUCAGAUUAAACCCAGAUGAUCAUGCAAAAGACAUAAUACAUGCUAUUUAGUUUUAGAAAAAAACCACACACAUUCAUUUCCUAAAAUCUGCUGCCAAUUAAUUUGCUGACAAUGUCUGCUGGCUCAACUAUUUUUUUAUACAAGGAUGAGUUAUUAAACAGAACACUGUACAUGCUUUUUCAUCUACAAAAAAAUAUUUGCAUAAAAUAGUGUUAGUUCUCUGUACAUGUCAAUGGACACUUUAAUUAUGUGUAUAAAAAAGGAAAAUCUUGCCCCACUGGAGUCAGAAAAGCAAAACAAAAUCUAGAGUAUGAAAUCUCCUUCACCAGCCAAUAUGUUCAUGUGAAAAUUCAGCAGAAAUAGACAGUUGCUUUAAACAAUAAAAAAAUUAAUUGAUUAAGUUAAACAUCUUCUUUAUGUAAAACUGUCAGUCAAGACCAGAACAUAUCACUAAAGUUAGUGUCUGUGCUAUAGACCCAGAUCACCAGGGGCAUUAUGAGCAGCACAAACGGCCAGGAAAUCCCAUCGGUGCAUGCCGAGAACGAGCAGGAUUUGGUGGCAGGCUGCACACACUCUUUACCAGGUUCCAGGUAGUUGCGGGCCACGAACUUGAGUGUCUCGUCCAUUAGAAUCACAGGCAAGGAGAUUUUCAGCACCAUCAGCCACUGGGUCAAAUUCAGCGGUGUGAUCUGGAAAAUAAGCUGAAAUACAAAGAAGCUCUGUCAAGUCCCCAGACUUGCGGGACAGGCAGCGAGGCCCCAGCCUCGGUCCUGGUCCCCCCAGCGCUUACUGGCAAAGGUUCCACGUAGAGGAUGAGGAAGUGGAGCGACAUGGAGAGGCAAAUGGAGCCCACGAGCCAGAUGUUCUCCCAGGGCGGCAUCCUCAGCAGGGACUGGUUUUCAGACAAGCUGCAGAACGACGAGAGGUACAUGAAAUACGCCCACCCGAAAGGCAAAGGCCCUUAUAACGAGCGACCAAGACCGUUCAAACGAUGCUUCAGUCGGGCAGUGGCUAACCUGGCGUUGCCCACUGACCUACUUCCACUUGGUGACGUUUCUAUUGUGGCAAAGUUAAAGGAAGAAUGUUCAGAUGUAGGACAAACUUCCAAUUUUAAAUCUAGGCUUCAGCACAGCAGACUCCAUUUCAAUGGACUCAGAGCUGCUCUCAAUUGCCCUUGACACUGACGCUAUUUUGAAAUUUCCAUUUUUGUCACUGGCUUAAUUGGAUGAUACCACUGGUCUCACUGCUAAAGGGCAAGAGUGCCUUCCCUGGGGACAAGGGCACACAGGGGCACGAGAGGCCCUAUUUUUGGCCCCCGCUGUCUCAUAAGGAACAUGUGGUUAAGCACUCCCACUACUUCCUGGAGGGGAUGACGACUGAAGCUUUUAAAACCGGUGCUGCUUGUUCUCCUUUCUUUCUGGGAGGGAGGAGCUUUCCUGCAAACCAACAACCACGACACCCAGUUCCCCGGCGUGCUGGCUGGCGGAGCUCUUGCCCCAGCUCGUCGAGGACUCACUGACCUGUUGAGGGCGUUACACAUCUCUAUGGUUACUAGAACAGACAGCGCCAUUGUCAUCGGGUACGGGGACUCAAAGAUUGCACAAUCCACUCCUUCAAAGUCCGGGUUGUCAUCUUUACACUGUAGGAAGUGGCUCUGCAACAAACGUCCAAGCAAGUUCUUUAUCAGCCAAGUACAUUUCCAAGGUCCAUGUCCCCGUUCCACAGGAAGCCCAGGACACAGACCCACACAGGAUCUCCCCCCAUCUCCCAGAGAAGCCCUGGUCCUUCAGAAUCCUCUUAGAGGCCACUGCUAAUUAUUUGAGUGUUGAGAUUAUUUGGCAGCCACCCAAACUGCAGAGCGCUCAAGGACGACCUCCUGACGCUCUGCCUCUAAGGCAGAGGAGAAAAGGCAGAUACAUACCAGCUGGUAGAAGGUCACUCUCGGACCUCCGUCGGCAGCAAUGAACCACCACGCAGCCGCACCCACGGUAGCAGCACCAACGUAACCUGGGAAGAGACACAGGCGGGGUCUGCAGCCCACAGCUUUCCCUGCAGGUCCUGCCUCGCAGGCCAGCGUCCAGCCAAGAGGAGACAGGGCAGGACGACGGUACAGGAGAGCCUGGGCUGCCACUGGCAAGUGCUCACUCCCAUCGGCCAAAGCAGCUAGACGGAGGCCUUCUGCAAGCAGAGGGGGGUGUGUACAGAAAAACUGGGCAACUCUUCUUCCAGAGCGUGGGAGGAGGAGCACCUACUGGAAUUGGCUGGACUUUCACGCUAGCCAAGCCCCUCUCAAACUGGAGGCUAACGCUUUACCGCUGCAGGUAUGUGUCCUCCCCACAGCGCCUCACUGUGCCGCAGGGCCAGAUCACACCCCCCAGGACUUUUAGGAAAACUGAUGCUCCCAGUUAGACACCUACUUGCUCCAAAGGCCUGGCAGAACCGUUACGUGGAAAUGCCGCCAGCGUGGUCAGUGCAGAACGCAAGCGACGUGGCAAAGCCCAAAGCCGAUUCUGGGACCACCUCCCCCGCCCCCCUGCCCCCAACCAAAUAGUUCUGAAUUGAGCAAGUUUAUUACAAAGCAACAGGGUAACGGAGAACACAGGGACACCAUGAAGACGGUCCCAGUGUGGCAGCAUCUACCAGAAGACACAAGUGCACACUCCCUCGAAGCCGGCAAUUACAAGGGGACAGGGACAGGGCAGCCACACACGAACUGACGUGGCGAUUCCCAACAAAUAGGGAGAAAUGCAGGGUUCAGCACGUGUGUGUGUAGCACACCAACGCUUAGGAAAAAUAUAUGCACAGGACAGAUCUAUUUGCUAGAGUAUAUCUGGAAGGCACAAGAGAAAUUCAGUAUUGGAGGGGAACUGACUGGCUGAGAACCUUCUCACUUUAUGCCACUGUGUGCUUCUGGAAUUUUAAAUCAUGUGAACAUACUAAAAAAGCAAACAAAAAGCCACCUUCCUGUUGAACCCCAGGGCAGUUAUUUUAACUCUCUGGCCUCACUUUCCUAAGGUCUAAAGUGAGGACAAGAACCGGCAGCCGGGCGGGAGCAGGAGGGCCAGAGACGACAUAUGAGGAACCCGACCUGUGGCCGGGGCUCCCAUGUGGCUCCCAUGCACCGUAGAUGAAUGCAGAGCUCCCCCCUCUACUUUAGUGGGAGGGGGGCUUAGUUUCAUAGCUUGGUGAUGGAAGGCCUGACCCUUACUCACCCCUGUAUCCUUUUGCCCUUAGGUUAAAUCUGAAAACCUCAUUCACAAAGACCCAAGGAAUGACAGGGAUAACUAAAACAAGGGACCAACUUUCCUGUAAACUGGGUAUAUAGUUUAUUAAACUCCAUCUUCCGUUACCCUAACACAGGGACAGAAAAGAAAAAAUGUGCUUUUAAAGAAUGAAUUUACAAAGAUGUUGGCUCAUGAACGUUUUGUUUCAAAGUCAACGAUAUAAAAACUAUACUCACAGCCAAUGGCCAGAUAACGGAAAAAGAGCCAUCCGCUGAUCAGGGGUUCCUUCGGGUUCCGGGGUGGUUUAUUCAUGAUGUCCAGAUCGGGAGGGUUGAACCCCAGGGCAGUGGCGGGCAGGCCGUCUGUCACCAGAUUGACCCAGAGCAGCUGGACAGGAAUUAAAGCCUCAGGAAAUCCAAGGGCUGCUGUCAGGAAGAUAC